AUGCCACCUCGUCCAGCCUCAGGUCCAGGUAUGGCCUCCAAAAGGAUCAAAAAAGAAAUAGCAGAUCUAUCAAAAGAGAAUCUAGGUUCAAUAGCAUUACAACCUAAUGAAUCUAAUAUAUUUCAAUGGAAAGCUGUAUUACCUGGACCUUCUGGAAGUCCAUACGAAGGUGGUUUAUUCGAAGUUGAAAUCAAAAUCCCAGAGGAUUAUCCAUUCUCUCCACCACAUCUACAUUUCAUAACUAAAGUAUAUCAUUGUAAUAUAUCAAGUACAGGUGCGAUAUGCCUGGACUUACUGAAACACGCUUGGUCACCCGCUUUAUCCCUUUACAAAGUAGUCUUAUCCCUAUCAUCCUUACUCACCGAUCCGAACCCUUCAGAUCCGCUGGUACCUGCAAUAGCUCAAGAAUAUAAGAGGGAUAGGAAGAAACAUGAUGCUACCGCUCGAGAGUGGGUAAAGUUAUAUGCUACUCCUAAACCCGUCCCAGCAGCAAUACCAGCCAAAUCCUCAUCUUCAUCAUCGCGCACUCGCCCACGUCCCACUACGAGACCAUCGACAACGCAAUCAACUCCUGCACCUGUACUGGCGCCAAUACCACCAGCUCAAAUAGCAGGUACGCGUCGAACCAUAUCGUCGAGAGAUCCUAUCGAUUUAGUCAAUUCCGAAUCGGAUGAAGAAGGUACAGUACAACUUUUACCCGCGGGAAAUAGCAGACCGUCAGUGAAUGGUAUAAUACCUGGAAUCAACCGUGGAGUGAAUGGCGGGGGUGGACCAGGGGAAAGAGCAGUCAAGAGAACAAGGUUGACAAAUCCAGCAUCAACAGCAGGAGGUGGUGGAGCAGGGGCGAGUGUUGGAGACGCGAUAGUGAUUGACGAAUAA